AUGCAUCAGGCCCCAUCACGGCCGGAUAAGCCUCCUAGGAUGUCCCUGUCCGGCUGCAAGGGUUUGACUGGCAAGAUUAGUUAUUCCAGUACCAUCCCCAGCACCCUAGUACCAUCCCCAGUAUUCCAGUACCAUUCCCAGUAUUCCAGUACCAUCCCCAGUAUUCCAGUACCAUUCCCAGUAUUCCAGCACAUUCCAGUAUUCCAGUAUCCUGAACCAUCCCCAGCACCCCAGUACCAUCCCCAGCACCCAGUACCAUCCCCAGCACCCCAGUACCAUCCCCAGCACCCUAGUACCAUCCCCAGUAUUCCAGUACCAUUCCAGUAUUCCAGUAUCCUGAACCCCAGUACCAUCCCCAGCACCCUAGUACCAUCCCCAGUACCAGUACCACCCCAGUACCAUAUUCCAGCAUUCCAGUACCAUUCCCAGUAUUCCAGCAUCCCUGAACCAUCCCAGUACCAUCCCCCAGCACCCCAGUACCAUCCCCAGCACCCCAGUACCAUCCCCAGCAUACCAUCCCCAGUAUUCCAGUACCAUCCCCAGUAUCCCAGUACCAUCCCAGCACCCCAGUACCAUCCCCAGCACCCUAGUACCAUCCCCAGUAUCCCAGCACCAUUUCCAGUAUUCCAGUACCAUCCCCAGUAUUCCAGUACCAUCCCCAGCACCCAGUACCAUCCCCCAGUAUCCCAGUACCAUUCCCAGUAUUCCAGUAUCCCUGAACCAUCCCCAGUAUCCCAGUACCAUCUCCAGCACCCCAGUACCAUCCCCAGUAUUCCAGUACCAUUCCCAGCAUUCCAGUAUCCCAGUACCAUCCCCAGCACCCCAGUACCAUCCCCAGUAUCCCAGUAUUCCAGUACCAUCCCCAGUAUUCCAGUACCAUCCCCAGUAUCCCAGUACCAUCCCCAGUGUCCCAGUACCAUCCCCAGUAUCCCAGUACCAUCCCCAGUAUCCCAGUACCAUCCCCAGAAUCCCUGA